AUGCGCAGCGCUUAGUCUCGACGUACGACCCUUUAUGAAACGAGCUCCUGCAAUGAACAGUUGCUGAAUAAAUGCGUCUGAAUUUUUUUUGCAGACAGACGGACAGAAAGACGGAUAGACAGGCAGACAGACAGACACACAAAGGUGACACGUAACAGAAAUCAAGCUGAGGGAUAUGGACUUGUUUCACAGUGGCAAGUUGUUCAUUGUCCCUGCCUCCGUUCUUCUUUUACUGGGAGUAAUGCCCAUUUCUGUGUGUUUUCAAUGCGAGAAAAAUGUUCAGCAUUGUGUGACGUCUUUGAUCGUAGACAACUCAUUCACAAUGAUAGACAAGGAAAAGGGUCCACUUUACACUGAAAACAGAAAGGUUUUGAGUGUCCGUUACGGACAAGAAGUCGAUAUUAACAGUGUCAUCACUGCAGACGGAUGGAACAUGACCCGGAAGUUGAUCACUGCCAACGGAACAAUGCCUGGACCGGAUAUCAUCGUUCACCAAAAUCAGAAGAUCACUAUCGUAGUCUAUAAUCACCUGCUUAGUGAAGAGGUUUCCAUACACUGGCACGGAAUCGAACAAUUUGGAACACCUGCUAUGGACGGUGUUCCAUUUGUGACGCAAUGCCCGAUACUUCCGGGCCAGUCUUUUAACUACACAUUCACUCCUCACAUUGGAGGGACCUACUUUUACCACUCUCAUUCUGGCGUUCAGUCUGAUAUGGGAUUAUUUGGAGCAUUUGUCGUGUUAAGAGAACGUGAUCCAACACCUUUGGAACGUCAAAAAAUUGUACAACUUCAGGAGUGGAAUCAUCUGCACGACCCCGAAACAAUACUAAAAUCUCUUAACCAUGUUGACACAACGGUCGAUCCUAUCAAUUAUUUCACAGGUUCCCAUUCGGUUUUGAUAAAUGGCAGAGGGGAGUACGACAACAACAUGGCGCCCCUUACUGUUUUCCGAUUUGAUGUGAGCGAGACCUACCUUCUUCGUGUGAUAUCAGCAGCAUCUAGCAGAUUCUUUCUCUUUUCAAUACCUGGAAUCAAGCUAACUGUCAAAGAAACAGACGGCGAUGAAAUCUCCCCCAUAACAGUAGAUAAAAUAAUCAUUUAUCCCGGGGAAAGGUACGACAUAGAAUUGAAUCUCCAGUCUGUUCCCGAGGGUCUCUACAAUAUUACCGUUAAUUUAUUAGUUGGUCGUACUUUAGGAUUCAAAAGAGAGAAGAACGUUGGGAUUGCCAUGGUGCACGUAACGAAUUCAAUUAAUUCUUCUGCGACGGUAUUUAACGAUUCAGAUACCUCUGAAGUUGUUUUGAAUUGUCCUUUUCUAAUCUACCCAAACGAACCAAAUUUUACUUGUGUUCCUGUCUCUCAGUUAAAGUCGAUGAAUCUAGAAAAAGAAAUCCAUGUUAAUAAGAAAUCCAAUAGAACAGCAUCGCAUUUUCUUAACUUUUCCUAUAGAGGAACAAAGCAAUCAGCUGUGAAUGGACGAAUCUUCCGAAAUCCUUCGGUUGCAGCAUUGAUACAACCUGAUGAAGUUGAUGUAUCGUGUCCCAGGUGUGACGCCGAAAUCUAUUGCACCUGUUCCUACUCAGUAAACUUGGAAACAGGUGCAGAAAUAAUAUUAGUUAUGUCCAACUUGGGCAAGGAGUUUUUAGAUACACAUCCGAUUCAUAUUCACGGUCAUAAGUUCCAAAUUUUACGAAUGGGUCUUUUGUCUAUUACAUCAACUGGUGAUGUAAUACCUACCAAUGACCUAAGAUGCAGUGAAUCCUUAACCAACGAGGAAAGUUUGUGUUACAGCGUGAAAUGGGACAACAAAACAUGGAACAAUCUCAGUAAUAUUCCAGAUAUAAAUUUCCAAAACGGUGUGCGCAAAGACACUAUAAUUUUACCAGCUGGCGGUUACGUCGUGGCAAGAAUCUGGGCCACAAACCCAGGGGUGUGGUUAUUGCAUUGUCAUAUGACACGUCAUUUGUUUGAAGGUAUGGCUGUUAUGCUUAAUGAAUCGUUUGAGCAUGUUGUUAACCUACCAUCAGAUAUCCCUACAUGCAAAAGUUUCUACAAUAAGAAGAAAUAUUUGCCACAAAAUACCGAAACCACUACUCCAAGCAGCCAAACCAUAACUAAAUCAACGCAAUCAGUGCAUAACACGUUUACAACCAGGUCAAAAACCUCGAUGUUUGGUGAAAAUGAAGAUUCCGUGGUUUUAGGAAUUAUCAUCACGUUGGCGGUACUUGCCUGUUUGUUGGUAAUCUCCAAUUUGUACACAAUACAUGUGCUCCGGAGUCAAGGCAAAGCAAGCAUAACUGGACAUUAGGUAUUCCUGACCCGAUUACACGGAUAUGCAUGUUCCGAUCUGGUGGUUUUUAAUCGCCAUUAAAAAGUGUAAAAAGUUGACUUGUUUGCAAGAAGGCUUUGUAAGCUUGAAAUAACGUGUGCAUAUAAACCUUGACUGUUUUGAAGUAACAUUAUCCAGUAGAACACUUUUGUGGGUUUUUUUUAUUGUUUUGGGUAUUCUAAACAAAUUCCCUAUGGUUUUGAUUAACGUUCUUUUCCAGUUCCCCUUUUUCUUGAUUGUAGGUAACAUUGUCCUGGGCCCGUUUCAUAAAGCAUACUUAGGACUAAGUUGUAUCUUAGAAAAGAACCUUUUCCUAAGUUCAUUACUUAUCCGUUUCACUAUUCCAGUCUUUUCUUAUGAAAUUCCUAAGUUAUGUCUUAACUUUAAGACAGGUAAAUCGAUGUAUUAGGAACAAACUUUACAUGGCGACUGUUUAUUUUAUAAUGAAAUGAAUUACAUGCAUAUUAAAGUUGAACAGAAAUACAAAAAAAACAAACAAAACAAAAAAACAAACAACAAAACGAAUCAUUAGGACUUGUUCACUUUAUUUCUUAACUAAAAACUUAAGAGCUAUCAAAAUAAAUAUAUAUUUCUUCAAUUUAUUUAUUUUGUGUAGACUUUUGAUUUUAACAUUUUUCUUAAAGAUUAUCGCACGCGCAGAUGAAAAUCGGAUAUUGCUAUAGCUAGUGCACUGAUGAUAAUGAAAUAAGUCAUGCCCAAGAAUCACUGACAUCUUAGAUAGUUUGAUAAUAAUAGGAAUAAAUUCUAAAUAAAACUCAAUUACAGAAUGACUGGAUAAUUUGUCCUUUCCCUGCACCAAAUAAGCUGUUCUUUUACGAAAGAAAUUUUAGGUGUUUUCUUUUCGGUGGGGUGAGGCGUUUAUUUCAGUUUUUGUUGGGAGGGGUAGGAGUGACCGGCAAGUGGUAGGUGAAGGUAAAAUGUUAUACAAAAUUUCAGUACAUGCACAUAGGCACAACACUAUUUGCACUCUAUUUACACGUUUUAACUUUUUUUCUAAUUUGUUUAUAUGUGAAUAAGGGAAUGUUUCUUUACGUUUACUUAGAAAGUUUACAUCAACGCCAUAUUAAAAAGAAUUUACAUGAUCGAUAUAAGUUUGAUGAUAUUAACAAAAUGAUUUAAAAGUGGCUUACAAUAUAUCUUAGGAUAAGAUUUAGUCAACUGCGUUACGCUAAGAAAGUUUUGUAAAACAGCUAUUACAAAUCUUAGGAACUUCCUAAGUUAUAACUUAGGCAUAUCUUAAGUUCUAUCCUAGGAAACAUCUUAGGAAAUCUUUGUGAAACGGGCACCUGUAGAAUACUUCUGUUUUCUAUUGUUUUGGGUAAUCUAACACAAUUUCUCAACAUUGUGUUUACUGAGGUUUUGAUUAGCAUUGAAAAAACACGUUUCUGUUCAGUUCAUGACUGGAUGAUUUUUUACAUAGGAAUAUAAUGAGAAAAUCUUAAAAAAUAAUCUGGGAAAAUUUUCAGUCCAAAAAGCAGUAACGUGUGAAAGCACAGGUUGUGCAGAUUAAAGUUUGAUGAAACCAUGAUUCUCUAGAGAAAAGUGGGGCCACAAAAUGAAGGGUUAGGGUUAUAGGAAUAGAGAAAAGUCUUCUUACAGAAAGGCUUGAUAUUUACCCCAAAAAUAUGUGGGUGUUAAGAAUUCAAAAUUGGCAGAUUUUAUUUUUUUAAGCAAGAUCUACUGUACUUAGUUGUCAAGAUAGUUUGAUUUUGAUACUGUAAUGCUAUUUUGAUCAGAGUUAAGGCAAUUGUUGCUCAGAUGAGCGAUGUGGCCCCUGUGCCUCUUAACUUAGAUAUUAUAGGUAGAUGAAGAUAUUUAUUUUUCUUUUAUUUUGUAACUAGGUAUGGACCAAUCUAUAAAGUGGUGUAUUAUACCACGAAUCGGUGUCCAAUUAACAGCCUCCUACAAAUCUAAAAAGGAUAUCAUGUGGUCUUAGCUGUCGUUGCUAUGAGUUGAUAGCUAGCAAACGGAAAGUUGUUAACAUUGCCAAAUUAUGAUUUAAAAAGAAACGGACAUGAGAUAUCAAAUCUGAUGUGAUGGAAAAUUGCUCAAACGAAAAAGAAAAUCAAGUAAAACAUAUAGAAGUGAGAACAAAUUUUCUUAAAAAUGACUAAUUUUAAACUAAUUUUGAAGCUGUGUAAAACAAACUUGUUCAUAACUGAUACACAAUUUGCUGAGAUGCAUAAUGAAAUAUUAUAUGACUGUUUACAUGAUAAAAAAUAUUGUAACUGUAAAAAAAUUAAAAUAUUAAGAAAAAUGCAUAAAAAUAUGAAAUUAAAAAUUUACACUAAUUUGUCACUCCAUAGUUAACAAAAAAGUGCGAGUUGUAAUGUUUCGUAAUGCGCAAUUUGUAGAUUUGCUACAUAAGUACCAUACAUAAAACAUUUAUAUUAUCAUUAUUAAUAUAAUUAUUAUUAUUAUUAUGUUAGAAGUAUGUAUUCUUAAUUAAUAUGUCAUAAUUUACGUAAGAUAUAUGAAUUCUUUAAAUUUUGUUAAAGGGACUAAGACACGAUUUGACUCAAAAUUUUAAAAUUUUAUUUUUCCAUUUUCAAUGUUUAUAAUGAUAAAUAUAGAAGUUGAUAAUGCAUUGUCAAAAUUUGAAAGUCAAAUAUCAAGUUAUUAGCAAGUAGUUCAUAAUUCUUUGUUUUGUAAACAAAGCCUGAAUAUUGUCAUUUUUACAAAUGUGUGUAAUUGGUGUAAGUUUUAAUCAAAUGUACCUUUCUUUUGUUGAUAAUAGUA